CCUGAGUGACCAAAGCUGGAGCACUGGGCUCCCCGGAGGGCUGGGGCCGUUGUUUGCGGGCGCCGGGUCUCUUGGCGACGACUCCACGUGAAGCCAGGCGGAAGGAAGGACAGAAGGAUGCCACCCAAGCGUAUAGCUAAGAGAACGUCGCCCCCAGAAGAUGCCCUCCUCAAAAGCAAGAAGGCAAAGAACCCUCGCAACCAGGCAGUGAGUUCCCUCGUUGCAUCCCACCGCACUCCAGGCACCCGCUACUUCCGAGGUGCCUGCAGGCCAAGCACUCCUGACCAGGAAACCCAACCAGUCUCUCAUAGGUCCCACCGCACAGAACCGGGUCUGGUGCUGACACUGGGCCAGGGAGACGUGGGCCAGCUGGGGCUGGGCGAGAAUGUGAUGGAGAGGAAGAAGCCAGCCCUCGUUCCCAUUCCAGAAGACAUCGUACAGGCUGAGGCUGGGGGCAUGCACACCGUGUGUCUAAGCAAAAGUGGCCAGGUCUACUCCUUUGGCUGCAACGACGAGGGUGCCCUGGGAAGGGACACGUCAGUGGAAGGCUCAGAGAUGGUUCCCGGGAAAGUGGAACUGCAAGAGAAGGUGGUACAAGUGUCAGCAGGAGACAGUCACACAGCAGCCCUCACCGAGGAUGGCCGUGUCUUCCUCUGGGGCUCCUUCCGGGACAAUAAUGGUGUGAUCGGGCUCUUGGAGCCCAUGAAGAAGAGCAUGGUUCCCGUGCAAGUGCAGCUGAGUGUGCCCGUGGUGAAGGUGGCCUCGGGAAACGACCACUUGGUGAUGCUCACAGCUGAUGGUGACCUCUACACUUUGGGCUGCGGGGAGCAGGGCCAGCUGGGCCGUGUGCCUGAAUUAUUUGCCAAUCGUGGUGGCCGGCAGGGCCUUGAACGACUCCUGGUCCCCAAGUGUGUGAUGUUGAAAUGCAGGGGAAGCCGGGGCCACGUGAGAUUCCAGGAUGCCUUCUGUGGCGCCUACUUCACUUUUGCCAUCUCCCUCGAGGGCCAUGUGUAUGGCUUUGGCCUUUCAAACUACCAUCAGCUCGGAACCCCAGGCACAGAAUCCUGCUUUGUACCCCAGAACCUGACCUCCUUCAAGAACUCUACCAAGUCCUGGGUGGGCUUCUCUGGUGGCCAGCACCAUACAGUCUGCAUGGAUUCGGAAGGAAAAGCAUACAGCCUGGGCCGGGCUGAGUACGGGCGGCUGGGCCUCGGGGAGGGUGCCGAGGAGAAGAGUGUACCCACCCUCAUCUCCAGGCUGCCUGCCGUCUCCUCGGUGGCUUGUGGGGCCUCUGUGGGCUAUGCUGUGACCAAGGAUGGUCGUGUUUUUGCCUGGGGUAUGGGCACAAACUACCAGCUGGGCACAGGGCAAGAGGAGGACUCCUGGAGCCCCGUGGAGAUGACAGGCAAACAGCUGGAGAACCGAAUGGUUUUAUCUGUGUCCAGCGGGGGCCAGCACACAGUCUUACUGGUGAAGAACAAGGAACAGAGCUGAUGAAGCCUCGGAGGGCCUGGCUCCCAGCCCCUGCACCCUCCCUCCCGGAACACGGAAGCCGUGAUGACUGUGGGCUCCAGCAGGCUUCCCCUAGCCCCAAGUACUUUGUCAUCUCCUGCCUUUUCUCCAUCCACAGAACAGAACCAUCUUUUUCUUCCUCCUUCCUGGAAUUGUCCUGUAACCUACAGGAUGAAGGGAGGGGAGCGGGUUUUGUGGGAAUGUUGCUCACCCCAGAACUAUGUGAUUAGACCGUUCCCCCUCCUCCCUACCUCCCAUGGUCCUAGCGGACCCUGGUUUUGUCUACCAAAAACCAAAACUUCCUCUCGGGGGACUUGGUUCUCACACCCUGAGAAGUCGGGCCCCAUCAAGCCCUACUCUAGUCAUGUGCCACUCUGCCUGCCCUUGAUGAUCCACAUGCAGACAAACGGUACAGUUGUUAGACCCAGCUGUCAUGGACCCGCGCCUGGGGGAAACUAGAGAAGGGGCAGGGCUACCAGCCAUGGGCAAGCCCAAGCCAAAUAUUUGGCUCUGAACAGGUGUUCGUGGGUCAGACAAAAA